UUUAAAAAUGCCUGAGUAUUUCUGUUUACAUGUUUCUUAAUUUUUGAGUCAGUUUUAAAAUUAUAUAUAUUAUUUACUUUUGAUUCAAUAAGUCAAUAUACCCAUUCAUAAGUAUACUAUAUUCAUCAGCACACUUAUGGAAUCUAUGUUGGAAAUAUUGGAUAAAUGUCUUAAAGAUUCAAAUCUUGAGACUGUUACCAAAGCAGAAUUAAGAAAAAAGUAUUUAGAGAAGACUGGUUUAGCUAAGCUUCCAAAGGAAGUCAAAUCACAGUUCACCUCUGCUGUAAAUACUGCUUACUUAAAUUAUAUUUCUGCUAAAAUUAAUGAAUCUACUAAUGAUGAAAUAAAGGAAAACAGUGAAGCUGAAAUGCUUAUAAUGAAUUCCUGUUCUGAAGAUGAAAUAACACCUGCGAACAUCAAAGAGGAUAUUAUUGCUGAUAAAUUUGCAAAUGAAGUAAAUGAUAUGCAGGAAGAACAAUCUAGUGAUUCUGAUGAAAAGUCUCUUGCAUCUUAUAAGAAUAAUGGCACUAAAAAGUUGUCGAAUGCCAUUAAAAAACAAAGAAGCAAAAGAACAUUAAGCAGCUCAUCUGAAGAUGAAAUUAUUCAAAUUAAAUCAGUCCAAAGGAAUAAUGUCUUAAAGAAGGCCAGAAAAUCCAGUGAUUUAGAAACUGAGAAUCGUUUAAAAAACACUACAGUAGAUUCAAGCGAUUCAGACGAUGAGCCACUGACAGUGUUUCGGAAGAAAUCAAAAUCCUUUGGUGGAUCUUUAAAUUCAAUAACUAAAUCUGAAGAAUCAGAAAAUGAAUGUCAUUUAAAAUAUGUGCCAAAACAAUCAAAUAAUCCUAUUGAUUCUGACAAUGAGCCAGUUAAAUACUUAACUAAAAAGAAAUCAAACUCCUUUAAUGAUUCAAAAAAUCAUUCCAGUGAUUAUGAUUAUGAACCUCUAACAAGAUUUAAAAAAUCUAAUGAUCCCAUACUUCUAGUUGAAAAAACAAAAUUUGAAGCUAAUCAGAAAUCAAUUAAAUAUGAUUUUGAUUUGGAAUCAAAAACGAAUUCUAGUGAUUCAGAAGUUGAACCCCUUGCCAAAUAUAAGAAAUGUAAUGAUUAUACUCAUUCUGAUGAGGACUCAAAUUCAUUUAUUAAAAAGAAGUUAAAUUCUUCAAAGAAAUUUUGUAAGUUAAUUGAUAGUACAAGUGGAUCAGAAGAUGAACCUGUAUUGACUUUAACUAACAAAAAGUCAAACUCAUUAAAUAAGUUUAAUGUCUCAAGAUAUGCUUCUAGUGAAUCAGAAAAUGAAUCUCUUGCAAAAUAUUCAAAAAAGAAAGCAAUUAUCUCUGAUGAUUCAGAUAAGGAGCCAUUAAAGACUUUAACUAAAAGCUCUGAUUUUGUGAAUGAUUCUUUAAAAUUGAUGAAAAAUAUGAAUGAUUCAGAUGAUGAAUCUCUUAACAUGAGUAAUAAAAAGAUUAAUAAUACCAAUAAUUGUGGAAAGAAACCUGUAACAAGCAGCUGCAGCAGAUCCAAAGAAAACAUUUUAAAGAAAAAAAAGGCUAUUGAUUCUGAUGAUGAUGCAGUCAUGUCAAAUCAAAAGAAAGAAUAUUUUGAUGGACAAAGGAACUCCCUUAUAUCCGAUACAAGUGAAGAUGAGCCUCUUUCAAAUAUGACAAAUAAAGAAUCAAAAUCAAACUUGCUAAAUAAAUCUUGUAUCUCAAAAAAUUCAAGUGGAUCAGAAAUUGAAUCUCCUGCAAAGUAUUCAAAAAAGAAGGUAGAUAAUUCUCUUGAUUCAGAUGAAGAGCCUGAUGUUACUUCAACUAAAAAAUCUAACCUUAUGAAUAAUUCUUUAAAAUCCAUGAAGUAUUUGAGUGAUUCUGAAGAUGAGCCUCUUAUUAACUUGAAUAAUAAAAAGACAGAUAAUUCCAGUGAUUCUGAAAAAGAACCAGAUGAAAAAAUUGUGAAAAAGAAAGGAGAGAAUUAUUUAAAGAAAUCUAUAACAAACCGAGGCAAGUCCAAAAAACAAAUUUUAAAGAAAAAAAAGUCUAUUGAUUCUGAUGAUGAUGUAAGCAUAUCAAGUCAAAAGCAUGAAAAAUCCUUUGAUGGGCUGAAGAAUUCUCUGUCUGAUUCAAGUGAAAACGAACCUUUAUCAAAAACGAAAAUGUGCAGCGAUUCUGAAGAUGAACCUCUAAAUAGAUUGUCAGCUGAAAAAUCAGACAAGGAACAGAAAAGUUCUGAAAGUGGUUCAUGUUCAUUUGCUGAUGAAAAUGAAGAGUUUUCCAAUAAAAAAGAUAAGCCAUCUAAGAAAAGGGACACUAAUGACUCAAACAAAGGAAGAAAACGUCCUUCUGCUUCUGAAAAUAAAAUUGAACAUCUGAAGAAGUAUCUGAGAGUUGCAGGAAUACGAAUACCCAAUUAUAAUAAAUUAUUUGUGAAUUGUAAAACCAUGAAAGCAAAAUGUGAGAAAUUAAUGUCCUUAUUGGAGAAGGAAGGUUUAAAAGGGCGACCUACUUUAGAAAAAUGCAAGAAGUUGAGGAAAAAAAUUGAAACAAAGAGAGAAAUUGCUGAACUGGAUAUGUCUAACAUACUAAAAAUGGAAGGUGGUCGUCCCAAGAGGUCUGUAUGCUCAGAUACUACUAACUGUAAACCAAAAGAGGAAAAUUCUACAUCAAUAAAAAAAUUCUCAAGGUUGCAAGAUAUAGUUGAUAGUGAAGAAAGUGAUUAAGCAUAAUAAAGUUAUUAGUUGUCUUUUUGUUAUUUAGUUUUCAAGUGUGUAAUAUUUUAAUAAAAUUUUAUAGUGAAAC